GGCGCUGUCCCCGCUGUCCCCGCGGGGCCCGGCCGGACAUGGCCCCGCGCGGCCGCCCCGCCGCCGCCGCCGCCGCCAUGCCCCGCAGGGGCGCCCGCAAACGCCUCAAGUUCCGCGCCGACGACGUGUGCUCCGAGCGGGUGACGGUGGCAGAUUAUGCCAACUCAGACCCAGCUGUCGUGAAGUCUGGACGGGUGAAGAAAGCUGUGGCCAAUGCAGUGCAGCAGGAAGUAAAAUCCCUGUGUGGUUUGGAAGCUUCCUGUGUCCCUGCUGAGGAAGUUCUCUCCAUGUCGGGAGAGUCCUGUGACAGCAGCGAUGAGAUGGAUACCAAGGAGAGCAUCAAUGGGAGGGCUGCCUCGAGGAAAAAGAAGAGCAAAAGGCACAAAGAAGAUGCCGAAGGGGGAGGAGGAGAGGAAUAUCCCAUCGAUAUCUGGCUGCUCCUGGCUUCCUACAUCCGCCCCGAAGACAUCGUCCGGUUCUCUCUGAUCUGCAAGAAAGCCUGGACUGUCACUUGCACUGCUGCCUUUUGGACCAGGCUCUACAGAAGGCACUACAGCCUGGAUGCGUACUUGCCCCUGCGCCUGCGCCCGGAGUCCAUGGAGAAGCUGCACUGCCUGCGCGCCUGUGUCAUCCGUUCCCUGUUCCACAUGUACGAGCCCUUCGCCGCGCGCCUCUCCAGGAACCCCGCCAUCCCAGACAGUACUCCCAGCACUUUAAAAAAUUCCAGAUGUCUGCUUUUCUGGUGCAAAAAGAUURUAGGGAACAGACAAGAAGCAAUGUGGGAAUUCAACUUCAAGUUUAAAAAGCAGUCCCCCAGAUUUAAGAGCAAGUGUUGUAAAGGUCUCCAGCCCCCAAUCCAGUAUGAGGAAGUGCACACAAACCCGGAUCAGGAUUGCUGCCUGCUGCAGAUCACCACCUUCAACUUCAUCUUCGUGCCAAUCGUCAUGGGCAUGACCUUCACCUUGCUCUUCCCUGUUUGGUGCAGUAAACAGAGAGGAUGUAGAGAAUGUGCCGGGAGCUGUGGUGGUGCAGUGUCURGGGGCAGGUCAGUUACCAGAAUUACAGCAGGUACAGGAGACAGGGAGCAGCACAAGUGGAGGUCUACCCCUCUGUGGAAAAUACCUCUUUAUAACAAUAAAUUCUGAGAGGAAAAUCCCACAUGAACAAACUCACUGAAUGUGUGUUUGGUCCAUGAUUGGGAGGAAGAGCAGCUUUGGAACAGACUCCCCCAAACUGGGCUCAGACAGCAGCAGAGCAGCAGUGUUUGGGCAGCUCUGUGGUGAACAAGGGGCAGCACAGGGGCUGUGCUUGGGAGUUGGGGUUUCAGAAGUGACCAGUGCUCAGGAGUGUUUCAGUCUGGCCUCAGUAAGGAGUUGGACAGUGAGUUCCAGGCUUCUCAAGACAGCCGCUUGCUUCCAUGUUCACUUAGAAUCAGACUCAUAAAAUUACUUGGAUUGGAAAAGACCUUUAAGAUCUUCAAGCACUGCUGUGCUUGCCCUUAACUCAUGUCCCAAGUGCCACAGGCAGGCCUUCUGAACACUGCAAAAGAUGGUGACUCCACCACUGCCCCAGGCAGUUCCAAUGUUUUACAACCCUCUUACAACCAUUACAAAUUCCAGUUUGAUUAUUUGGGGCUGCCAGACAGAGUGUUUGGCUCCAUUGCUGUAGCCUGAGAGUGUGACUGUGUGAAACACCUUAGGCUUGUACAAUUCAGAAGAAUUUAUGAAGUCUAGAAGCAUUGUGUUGAGGGCUGUGUUGGUCACUGUGA